UAACCUUGGGAAUGCUUCCGGGAUUUCUUUCUUCAACAUGGCUGCUUCGUAAAGCAACUUGUAUGUUUCCGUUAACUACAUUCACGCAUUUUAUUGAUAGUUGUAGGUAAAUAUUUGCACAUAAACUAUUAGAGUAAGCAGUCGAUUGUCAGUCAGUAUGUUUCAAGUUAUUACCAGAAGUACCCCGGUAAUCCGGCUUCUCGCCCCCCGUGGAGCCGUGCUUGUGGAGGCUGUCCGGGGUAGGAAGACCCGCAACGACCCAAAGGCCAAAUCCAAAGAGGGGCGCAUCAAAACGCCACCUCCCGUCGACCCGGUGGAGAUGGUGGUCCUCAGGGAGAGAUUCACAGAAUAUGACCUGAUCAUGAGAGCGCUGAGGCUGGAGUUCAAGGAGGAGAUGCUGAGGAAGAGGUAUGAAGAGGAGGUGGGCUCCCUGGCGGAGGAGAGGGCGAAGCAGGAGGCGGAGGAGCACCGCUCCCUCAUGACCUGGAACCAGGAGGAGAAUCUCCGCAUGCUCAAGAUCAGGGAACUGAGAGUUCAGAAAGAGGUGGAAGCGGCUGAGGUCAAGAAGACAGAGGCAGCCAUUCUGCGAGAGCAGACCAUGGAAAUCUUUGUUAAAGAGAAGGGAGAGGAGAUAAUGCAGAUUCAGGAGGAGGCCAAGAGCUUCAUCAACAUGGAGAACCUGGACCAGCGUAUCGAGGAAGCCCUGGACAACCCUAAGAACUAUAACUUUGCCAUCGACAAAGAUGGCCGUGUGGUGAAGAGGACUGUGCUGCAGUGAGAGAGACUGAAGAUGGCUGGAAGUGUAGGGUGAAGUUGCCCCUAGACUCUGAUCUGGGUUCAGUUUAACAUUUUUCCCCCACUAUGGUUGAGGUUAGGAUUGUGGGAUUGGAAGCUGAUCCUGGAUCUAUACCUAAGGGAAAUUCCACCUUGGAGCCUGGCUGGAGGCCUCAGAGGAGACUGGUCACGACUGACUGAUCUACAAAUAACCUUGCAUCAUAAAUAACUACUCAUUAGUAUUUGUAGAUCAGUCCGUCGCAAUGCUCUGGGACACGGCCAGUGUGGCCUUUUCUCAUUUGGGAAAAAGUCCGUCCUCCACCCUCUCUCCUCUGUGACCCGGGAAACCGAUAAGUUAUUGAGAUGUCGAUUCGUUAGUAGGCAAACGGAAAAGGAUAGGCAUGUGUAGCCUACCUGAGUCCUUCACUGAACAGUUGUGAUAUCUGCCACGCCCACUUGGAAACAGCUGUUUUUUUGGUCAAAGGAGAAAAGCAUGAACACGUUAUCCUUCCUCAAAUGUCUUGUUCAACCAGGAUGUGGUUAGCUGGGGUCAUUUGUCCAAUCCCUCGCAAAUUGUGGCAUUUAUGUUAGUAAUGGGGGGGAAGGGGGAAUCGAUAGUUACGUAUCGCAAUGUUAUUUUUGAUGAUAUUACACAGAGAGUACAAAACAUUAAGAACAGCUGCUCUUUCCAUGACAUAGACUGACCAGGUGAAUCCAGGUGAAAGCUAUGAUCCCUUAUUGAUGUCACCUGUUAAAUC